GGCUGGGCAUGAUUGAGAUUUGCUUUAGAGACCUCUAGAGAAACCCCGGCACCCCGUAGCAAUGGCGUCGGCACUCCGCCUGAUGCCGUCGACGGCGACGCGCCUCCGCUUUCGUCCCCGCCUCUCUUUCUCAACCGCUGCGUCGCUCUUCUCACCGCCCUCCAAGGCCGUCCUCUACGACCAACACGGCCCGCCCGACCAAGUCCUCAGGGUGGAGGAUGUGCCACCGGUGGAACUCGGGGAGCGCGGCGUCUGCGUGAAGAUGUUAGCCGCACCCAUCAACCCCUCCGACAUCAACCGCGUCCAGGGCGUCUACCCCGUCAGGCCUCCCCUCCCCGCCGCCGUCGCUGGGUACGAGGGCGUCGCCCAGGUCCACGCCGUUGGCCCCGCCGUCACCCGCCCCCUCUCCCCCGGCGACUGGGUCAUCCCUUCCCCGCCCUCCUUCGGAACAUGGCAGACCUACAUUGUGAAGCCGGAAGAUGUGUGGCACAAGGUCCGUGACGAUGUUCCGGUGGAAUACGCUGCCACUGUCACGGUCAACCCCUUGACAGCGCUCAGGAUGCUGCAGGACUUUGUGAAACUCAAACCUGGUGAUGCUGUUGUCCAGAACGGCUCGACCAGCAUCGUUGGUCAGUGUGUUAUUCAGCUCGCCAAAGUGCAGGGAAUUCGCACCAUCAACAUCAUAAGGGACAGGCCUGGGUCAGAAGAAGCAAAAGAGAAACUUAAACAGCUUGGUGCAGAUGAGGUCUUCACCAAAAGUCAGCUAGAUGUAAAGAAUGUCAAGAGCUUGCUGGGCGCUUUACCAGAACCUGCAUUAGGAUUUAACUGCGUUGGAGGAAAUGCUGCAUCUUUGAUACUGAAGUUAUUAAGGCAAGGAGGCACCAUGGUGACAUAUGGCGGAAUGUCCAAGAAACCUGUGACUGUUUCUACUUCGUCUUUCAUAUUUAAGGAUCUUUCCCUCAGAGGGUUCUGGCUACAGAAGUGGAUGAAUUCGGACAAGUCAGAGGAAUGUAGAACAAUGAUAGACUACCUCUUGGGCCUUGUGCAUGAAGGCAAACUUAAAUAUGAGAUGGAGUUGACCCCCUUCAGCGAGUUCAACAUGGCUCUUGAUAAGGCCCUUGGAAAACACGGAAGCCAGCCAAAGCAGGUUCUUAGGUUCUGAUAAGAUGAUGACGAGGUAGCUAGUAUUGUGUUGGCCCUGGUGCAAAUAUUUGUAUGGUCGUAUCACUUGUGUGCAUGCGUGUGUGUAGUUACUAGUUAGUGGUUGAGAGUUUUUUGGUUAGCUAUGAACUAUGGUUAUCCUGGGCAAUAAAAAUAUAAAUUCUAUACCACAAGAUAUAUGAUUGUAUUCAAGUUCGAAA